GCGGUCUACGAAGAUCGAGACGGCGAUAUCCGUCGAGACUCCGUUAAUAUCCUACACAGAACAAUACCAUAACGCGGUUUUCUGGUCCGACAAUACAGAGACUGGCCUCGUCGGGAGAAGGAAGUGAAAAAGCCCGAGAACUCUUGUCGUCCGCAGUGGUUCCUGUCCCCGCGUCGUCGUUCACAGCCCCAGUCCAGCAGGUAAAGCUCAUCCCCCGUGUCCAGCAAGCUCAGUAGUGUCUGGGUCUCGAAAAUCUGUGCGGAAUCUUGUGCCUUUGAGAUGCAGGGGAGACUUUUAGUCCCUCGUCCUAACGACAUGUGUCGUCUGCCAGUUUUAGGCAUAAUGGACGGCUACGACCACUUAUUCAAGCUCCUGCUGAUUGGAGAUGCCGGUGUAGGCAAGAGCAGUAUGCUGCUUCGAUUCACGGACGACACGUUCGACGACAACCUUCAGAGCACAAUUGGUAGGAAUGAGUCAGACGCGCGGGGAAAUUGAGGGGGUGACUGUAAAUGCCUCUUGUUGCGGAUAUCGGCUUAUUAAGAGACUUGGUGACGUGUCAGGUGUGGACUUCAAGGUGAAGAUGAUGCAGGUGGACGGCAAGAAGAUCAAAAUGACGAUUUGGGACACGGCUGGUCAGGAGCGCUUCCGUACACUCACCAGUUCGUAUUAUAGAGGCGCGCAGGGCAUUGUCCUGGUGUAUGACGUCGCCCGGCGAGACACAUUUGAGAAUUUGGACCUGUGGCUGCAAGAGGUGGAGGUGUACAGUCCGGCUGGCGGACGUGAUGUAGUGAAGCUGCUAGUGGGCAACAAGAUUGACAAGGAACGAGUGGUGAGCCGCCGGGAGGCAGAGGACUGGGCGCGGUCUAAAGGCAUGCUGUUCGUCGAGAGCAGUGCAAAGACCAAGAUCGGCAUCCAGCAAGUGUUCAAUGAAGUAGUGCAAAAGGUGCGGGAUGGCGAGGAAUUCCUAUUGUUUGCGGUGGUCUCACCUUACUGACGUGCGGUCGCGUUGACAACGCUGUGCUUCAGAUCCUGGAGAACCCAGCGCUGCUGUCCAACACGGCACCGCGCAGUCGCGGACGAAAGCUCGAUGGUAAAGCGGAGAAGAGCGGCGGCGGCAGUGGGUGCUGUUAGAAAAGACCCACGGUUUUGUUGUUGAUGCCCCCUGUCGUGGCGGCAGCGUGGUUGUGUCUGUCACGGUCAUUUUUUCGUGCGUGUUCCUCGUCUCACCACGAUGAGGACAGUGGCGGGAGGAUGGCCCUUGACACGCAACCUGCUGUCGCUGUGCUCCAUUAAGCCUAGCGUCGGCGAUGCUUUCAUUGUGGCUAAGGCUGAGUCGAGACCUGCUGAGGGCCGGAGGAAGGAACUAACGAAUUGACUGCGAGGCAGCAACACGGUGGUAACGCAGGACAAAAGCUAGCAAUACAUGUAUUUGAGACGGAA